AGCCAAUCAUAUUUCUUAAACCCCUCAGUCGCGCUCAGCGUCCUCUCAAUGACUUGCGAUUCGUGGUCUCAUACUGAUCACCGGAUGGAAUCAUAAGCAUAUGGCAUAGGAAAUCUCAUAUUACGCGUUUCAACCCUUGGAAGCCAAGGUUGUAGAGCCUGUCACAUACCUCUAGCAUUUAAUCGGUAGCUGAAAGACACAUUACUGACUCAUCUUUCAUGAUCUCCGGGAGCUUGACUUAUUCAUCUUAAUUCGGUUAUUUCGGGUCAUCAUUAUCUUUAUUUUUAUGAACACUAGACUGCUCUGCUCACUUUUACGGAUUGCAUACUAUCGGAGUCCAGGAAUUAUUGUCUCUGUUUGAAUUUGAGAUAAUCGUCUAAAGCUGUAAGGACCCCAGUGGCCAAUCUACAAUUCACAAGCUCAAUACAUAGCCGCUUGCUAGAAGCGUGAGAAUUUUGUUCGAUCGUCAGCGGCUGCGGCAAGGAGUAAGAACUUAAUCACCUUCACAAAGAAGUGUGACCUUACAACCCCAACACUGGCUAGACGCUCUUGGGCAACAACACUGGGGGCGAGAACACUUCCUACACAUGCCACUCCUCCUCCUUCAGACCAAUUGUGGCAUAUCUAAGUCUGCCUGGUCAUAAGGCUCACCUCCACGAGAAUAACCAUGGCACUUCGGAAGGCCAAGGACUCGAAGGCCGCGGACAAUGAGUUCCAGUCUACGAAUGCAACUGCGAUUCAGGUCUGGCGAAGCGAUGGCACCGAAAUGCCUUCCGAGUAUAGUCAAUACGAGAAGGUUGAAGAAGGCGCUAAGCCGAUAUUUGAAUGGCAGAACAAGCUUGGCCAGGCUUUAGCUGCAGAAGUCUUGCCCGAAGCGACUGGGUUAUAUUUUCUCCAAGAUUUUCCGAGCCAUUACCAUCUUAGGUGGUAUCAAGCUAAGGAGGAGAAGAAAAAGAAUCAAGCGAAGCACUACUAUCUCUUCGGCUAUCCUGAAGACGGCACUAAUAAAGCACGUAAAUAUUACCGGUCCCCAAAUCAGUUUCUUCCCCAUCUCCUCUGGUUAAUAGGCGAGUCGCAAGAUAGGGGAGACUGUGCUUGUGAGUUUUGCUCUGGGUCAAAGCCUAUCACUAGUAAAUCUGCAAAGGGAAAACCUACUGUGUCCCCUGGGCAACCAGCACCGACCACGACUCCCAGUGCACCGCCCUCCUCGCUAUCACAAAAUGUCAAUGCGAGCUCUAUUGUCAAUCCUCCUGCUCCGAUGAACAAAAAUACGACCACAACCCCGAGCGUCAAACAGCGGCCGGUGAAUCGUCCUCCGACAGCCCCCCAACAACCUACUGUCGUUCCACACGAGGCUCAAACAACUACCCCUUACCAAGCGCCUGAGGCAACUUCCGCCAUUCCACAGCACCCUUACACUAUUGCUCACGAUCAUGAUGCCUUGUUUAGAGCAGGAGAGGUUGUAUGGUUUAAGAACAACAACUCCUGGCGUGUGGGCAUGAUACUGACCUCCAGCCCUGUACUUUCCAUAAUACCAUUUGCUCAUCCGCUUUACCAAACCCAAGAAGUUGUUAAAGAGGAAGCCGACAUACGACCUUUCUUGGCGUUUAGUAUUCCCCAAAUCAACAACGCCCUACAGGAGUUCAAGGGUCAAGCUUUAGCACAAAUCAAUUGGCAAGCCCUUCAGGAACGAUUCGGAACGCACACCGACACUACUAGGAGAGAGGCCUUAGCAAUCGAGGCAACAAAACUAGCGGCGACUCGCGUAGAUCAAUGCUAUUCCACCUUCAACCUCCUUGAGUCGGUGCCAAAUUACGACGUUUUUGGCGGCAUCUUUCUCGGUGCUGAGAAGAUAUGUGUUGGAGAAGCCGUCCGAAUCAAGUUAUCGCGAGAGCAGCAAGAGCAAACUUCAGAGAAAGGGAUGCCCAUUGUCAUGGUGGUUAAGCGGAUAUUCGUGAGUAAAGAAGGCGGAGCGCUGAUGUUCGAGGGAAGUCUCUGGACGUUGCAGCAUGUUGCUUUGGGCCAACAACCGCAGACGCCCAACCCAGCAGGGCUGCCCGCCGCCCUACGUGGAGAAAAAGAGUUUCGAGACAGUAUCCUUCAAAACCGUGGUUGGCAUGUUCAAUGGGUGCCUAUGAAUCAGAACAUGACAGUUAACGAGUCAGCUAUCCGAGGUCGCUUUUACGAGACGCGCCGACUCACACCUAUCCUAAACCCAGCUAAAUUCCAGGAGAUGCUUCAACAGCAGCAUGUGGGUGAUAUCCAGACGCUUCUGAACAACCGUGCUGAUUCGAAUGGCCCCCAUGUGGGAAGGGUCCUCAACCGAGCACAGGCCGUUGCUGGUGCCGUCCCUACCGGCGUCUCUCCCCAGCUAGGUCCAGAUGUAAUCGAGGUAUAUUAGAUAGACCAUUGUAAGAUAGAAAAUGUGGCUAAGAUGGGGUUUAGAGAACCGACAUGACUAGGGAACUAUAUUUUUCCUCACAUUUCACUUCAGAAAAGAAAUUUCACGUAUCAUCGGUUGACAUAUGGCUGCAGUAUGGUUAUGACUAGUGGAACUCCUACGCUUAUACCUAAGUUACCUUUGAACCAAUUUUAUAUUGUCAUCUGCUACCAGCUACCGUAGU